CACAACAGAAAAGAAAGUAAACAACACUCCUGUGAGGUGAAUGUUGACAUGAGAAAGUAAAUUAAAAUAAUCAUAGACAACGUAGGAGGAAAAUCCUAACGAGUUAGAUUUCUCAUGUGUUAAACUGUCCAGAACUCCAUGCCAAUAAUGUACACCAUUAUUAAUUAUCAAAAAAUUUAUUUACUCAUUUUUAUUUUACUACUUAUUUUCAAUACAAUCCAAUGUUAUCUAACACGAAAUCAAAAUGAAAUGUUACUGGAUUGGAAUGUAAUUGAUAAUCCAAAUGAAGCAUACAUGAUGAAGUUGCCAGCCUAUUUUGCACAAACUCCAUUCGAAUCAUCGUCAUCAUCAUCAUCAUCAGCAUCAACAGCACCAUCGGCUUUAUCAUCGUUUUGGAGUUAUUAUUUUGCUGAUGGUGAACCGAAAAGAAAUGGACAUUAUUCACAACGUUUAGGAAAAUAACACAUGGUCGAUAUGGUUUAAACAAUUGAACAUUUAGUUAACAUCAUCAUCAUCGUUGUUGUUGUUGUUGUUGUUGAUGUUGUCGUCGUGGUUGUCAUGACAAUCGC